UUGGAAAAUGGUGAGAAAAAAGUCCUGAAGUCUUGUCGACCCCUUAUCUCUUCCGCAGUCGAACAGUAAGGAAAAAAACAUGAGAGACACAGGAGAAGGAGGCGGCGGAGACAAAACCAGUAAAACCGAGAAGGACCAGAGUUGGAUCCCCAAAAUCAUCAAGAAAAGAGUGUGCACCACCUUUGUAGAAGAUUCUUUAAGUAAUGGCGUGCAGUGUCAGUGUGGGGGUGCAAGAGAUGCCCAUGCCUCUGUGGCUCUCGGUGACUAUUUCAGCACUGCGAUGGUCAACCACUGGGACAGCGCCCAGCACUCCUCUGAAUACCCAACUGAUGCCUUUGGAGAACUGCAGUUUGUAGGGGUCAGCAGGAGGCAUAGCUAUUUCCUGCGUCUGUCAUGGGACACACCUCCGUCUGCGGUCUACAACCUGAUGACGGGCAACUGGGGACUUCCUGCACCCAACCUGGUGGUUUCUGUAGUGGGCGGAGAAGACAGGACAAAGGUGAAAACUUGGGUACGGGAGGUCCUCAGGCAGGGACUGGUGAAAGCCUCACAAAGCACAGGAGCGUGGAUCGUGACAACAGGCAUGCGUGAAGGUGUUGGCGGAUGUGUUGGAGAGGCAGUGAGGGAUCAUGCCACUGCAGCUUCGUCGGUCUCCCUCAACAAGGUGGUGGCACUGGGCAUUGCUCCCUGGGGGAUGGUGCAGAACCGACAGCAGCUGGUAAACCCUCAGGGCAGCUUUCCUGCCAAGUACUCCAUCGAGAACACUUCCAAAGACUUCUGCUGCCUAGACAACAACUACCAGGCCUUCCUGCUGGUGGACGACGGGACUGUGGGACGCAGAGGAGGAGAGACCAGGUUCAGGGCCAAAGUGGAGGAGUACAUCUCCCACCAGCGCACAGGCAUCUGGGGCAGCGGCAGCAUUGACAUCCCUGUCCUUUGUAUGCUGGUAUCUGGGGAGGCAAGCAUGCUGGAGAGAGUGGAUCGUUCUCUGAAAACCUGCAUGCCCUGGCUGGUGCUGGCCGGCUCAGGGGGCUUGGCUGACUUCUUGAGCGAUGUCUUGGAGAAUCUGUCAUUAGCGCCGGCUUCCAAUGAGGUAGAUGGCGAGGUGGGUCCCAGCGUGGACCUGAAAGACCGAGUGGCAGAACGGUUUAAGAAGCACUUCCCUUCUGAAGCAGAGUCAGACAAACUAGUUGAGCGGGCUUUGAGCAUCUACCAGAACAGAGACUUUAUUACAUUCUACCAUGGAGAGCAGGAGGGCCCAAACGACUUUGAUACAGUCCUGCUCAAAACGUUGGUGCAAGCUAGUAAGCAGCGCACGUCAGCUGAUGCCAGCCCCUACAGUGAAGAGCUGAAGCUAGCAGUCACAUGGAACAGGGUUGACAUUGCUAAGAGUGAACUCUUUAACGGAGACAUCCAAUGGAGGUAUGAAGACUUGGAAGACUCCAUGACAGAUGCCCUGAUCAACAACAAGCCUCAGUUUGUGCGUCUUUUCACUGAGAAUGGGCUCAACAUCAUGGAGUACCUGACUUAUGGCAGGCUGGAAAACCUCUUUCGUUCUGUGGCUGACGGGACGGUGCUUUACCAACUACUUCAGUGCCGUCUGGUGGAACGGCUAGGAACUUCACCCCCUGUUCCCACAUUUACAAACCUGCAGGACUCUUCAAAUGUGGCAGCAGGGAAGAGCAGCCCAGUGGCGGAUAUCAGCCUUUUUGAGGUUGCAGGUGUCCUGGACCUGUUGAUGGGAGACGUCUGCCAGUCAUUUUACUAUGAUGCUUUGGGUUUAGAACAGACGUCAUCCAAAAGGAGAGCUCUUAGGCGUGCCAGCAAGCUGCUGCGCAGUGACUGCAUGUAUAGGGCAGAGCGCUGCCCCUACCCCUGGGCUUCACUCUUCAUCUGGGCUGUCCUCCAGAACCGCAGCGAAAUGGCCAUUUACUUCUGGGAGAUGUCAGUGGAGUCAGUGCUGAGUGCUCUGAGUGGCUGUAAGAUACUGAGGGAACUUUCCAAGCUGGAGGAUGAAACUGAGACUAAACUGUCCAUGAAAGAGCUGGCUCAGAGGUUUGAGAACCUGGCACAUGAUGUCUUCGGCUCUUGCUAUCGGAGCAAUGAGAGUCGCUCUUUCACCCUGCUGAUUACACAAUCUCAAGUUUGGGCUGGGACCACCUGCCUCCAGAUGGGCAUGGGCGCCGACGCACGCCUUUUCUUCAGCCAUGAUGGAGUACAGACUCUGUUGUCCCAGAUCUGGUGGGGUGACAUGAAAAGGAACACAGAGGUGUGGAAGCUCCUACUCACCUUCUUCUGUCCCUUCCUCUGCUACACCAACCUCAUCACCUUCAGGAAACAGGAGGACCAUCAGCAAGAGGAGGGGGGGGGGGAGCCCAAUGAGGACGGACAGGGCAGGGACAGCGACAGCCUCUACGGCACCACAAUCUUCUCUUUCUCGGACAUCAAGAACAUUGAAGCUGAUGCACAAGGAUCAACCAGUCCCAGGACAGCAGCCAUCAAAGGCAUACCUCACUCUCACACACCACCAAAGCGUCCGUUCAUAGUUUCAAGAUGGCGUCAGUUCUGGUUUGCACCUGUCACCUCUUUUUUGGGCAACGUCCUGAUGUACUUCCUCUUCCUCCUGCUGUUUGCAUACGUGCUGAUGGUGGACUUCAAGCCCCCGCCUCCCUCUGGUCCAUCCAACACUGAGUAUGUGCUUUACUUCUGGGUGUUCACCAUUGUGUGUGAGGAGAUCCGGGAGACGUUCUUUCUGGGGAUAGUGACUUGGCGUCAGACGAUGAGAGUUUACAUUCAGGAUGUGUGGAACAAGUGUGACCUCGUUGCCAUCAUGCUGUUCAUCAUAGGACUGAUCUGCAGGAUGUUCGAGUCGUCAUAUGGGUUUGGCCGGGAUGUCCUGUGUGUGGACUAUAUGGUCUUCACCCUCCGUCUCAUUCACAUCUUCGCCAUUCACAAACAGCUGGGACCAAAAAUCAUCAUUGUUGGCAAGAUGAUGAAGGAUAUCUUCUUCUUCCUCUUCUUCCUGAUGGUGUGGCUCAUGGCGUACGGAGUAGCCAAUCAAGCUUUACUUUACUCUUACGACCCUCGUCUAGAUCACAUCUUUCGUCGGGUUUUCUACAGGCCAUACUUGCACAUCUUUGGACAGAUCCCUGUGGAAGAGAUGGAUGGUAACAUUAUCUUUGGGAAAGAGUGGGAUAUGGAGUGCACAGACAAUGUGACACUAAUUCAGGGCGGUGCGGAGCCGUGCAGAUCUCUGUCUAAUAACUGGCUGGUGGUAAUUCUGCUGAUUGUUUAUCUGCUGGUCACCAACAUCCUGCUCAUCAACCUGCUCAUCGCCAUGUUUAGCCAUACCUUCACUGUAGUGCAGGCUAACAGUGACAUCUACUGGAAGUUCCAGCGCUACAACCUGAUUGUUCAGUACCACUCCCGUCCUUCCCUGGCUCCUCCUUUCAUCAUCCUCUCUCACAUCAAUCUCAUUAUCAAGAGGAACAUCCGCAAGGUGCCCUCUCUCAAGAUCCACCACUUUGUAUUGCAGUUGUCAAAGAAGGAAACUAACAGGUUAAUGACGUGGGAAACAAUUCAGAAGGAGGACUUCCUCACUGCCCAGACCAAGAUCCAGAGAAACAGUGACUCAGAGAGGCUCAAACGGAUGUCUGUCAAAGUGGAUGGUGUGGUUAAACAUAUGGCUGAAAACAGAGACUUUGACCACAGGCUGAGGGCUCUGGAGAAUGAGAUGGAGUAUUGCUCAAAUGCUCUCAGCUGGAUUGUGGAUACUUUGGCGCAAGGCAGCACGUUUAAACCUCCUCGGCCUCCACCUAUAUUAAAAGAUGAGUUUGCCUCUUCUCCCAAUUCAGCCUGAUUCAUCCUUGGUGAUGCUUUCACUUGCUCAGGGCCUGUAAAAGACAAGGAUGAAGUGCUUUUACUUAAGCUGCUCCCCGUGCCACCCACCCUCCAGUCUUGCUGUUUGCGAGACAUGUUCAUCACUGGACGCAGAUUAUUUCAGUUUGUUGUGAACUGAAAAAAAGUCAAACAAUAGCAACCAACAAAGCUGAAAUUUCAAGUGUGCAAUUGACUUUAUUCAAAUGCCAAAGUCAAGUGUAUGUAUUUAUGAUGUGGCAUGAUAUUUUAUGUAUUUUAUUUGCCAGUGCAGUUUCAUUUCAUUUCAAACCAUUAUUUUAACUUAAAGAGCCAUUGAGGUUGCCCUCAUUGUCAAUAAGUUAAAAAUAAAUAGGACAGACACAAUUGUCCAUAGGUUGGUAGAUUAUAUAGUGGAUUAUUAUAGUAUUUGGGGCAUUAAAAUAAAAUACUGACUUUUCAAAAUC